CUCUUCCAGCUAAGCAUGGAAAUACGGAAGCUGGCACAAGAUGGGGAAAAUGCCUGCGGUUCCGAAGACAGCACGCGGGACUGGCAGGAGCGCAAGCUGAGGCUCAUCCUGGCAGGGAGGACCGGGGCGGGGAAGAGUGCCACUGGGAACAGCAUCCUGGGCCAGAUCUUCCUCUCCAGGCUGGCAGCCACCUCAGCGACCAGAACCUGCGAGGUGGUGAGCUGCAGGCGGGGUCGGUGGCACAUGGAAAUCAUGGACACCCCAGACCUUUUCAGCUCCCAAGUCCCCAAGACAGAUCCAGGAUUCCAGGAGCGGACGCGCUGCUACCUGCUGUCGGCACCAGGGCCCCACGCAGUGAUCCUGGUGACUCAGUUGGGCUGCUUCACAGAGCAGGACCAGCAGGCCUUGAGCGAACUCAAGGACCUGUUCGGGGACAGCGUGAUGGCACGCACCAUCAUGCUUUUCAUGCACAAGGAGAACCUGGAGGGGGGCUCCUUGCAGGAGUUUGUGCAAAACACGCACAACCGUGCACUGCGGAAGUUAGUGGCCAAGUGCAGGGGCGGAGUGUGCGCCUUCAACAACUGGGCGGUGGGCACAGAGCAGGAAGCCCAGGUGCAGAAGCUGCUGGAGUACCUGGUGGGGGACAACCCCCCCCCAACUUUCACCAACAAAGUGUACAGCCUGGUGCAGAAACUGGCUAGUGAGGAUGAGGAGGAGCAGGGGCGCAGGGUGGCAGAGAAGAUGAUCCGAGCCCUGCUGCUGGGUGCCCUGGUCAAGGUCUGGCUGCUGCUCACCAGACACCAGCCUGAGGCCCAAGUUGGUCCUGAGUGACAGGCUGUAAACAGGACCUAGUCCCGCCAGCUGACAGUCAUACUCAUCUCUGGUGUCUGUCCCUCCAGAAUCUGCAGGCUUUGCCCAUGUCCCUCACCUGGCAGUAAUCUACCAAUGACAAGAUGCUACCAGAGCCCAUUGACCGCCUCCCUGCAAACCCUGGCCCUGUGACCUGGCCUCUCUGGGCUCCUUUCAUACUUCAGCCAAGUAACUGUUGUUGCUUUGCCUGGUUCCCACUGACCUCAAGCUGCUGUCACAUGUUAUUGAAUCUGCCCCCAUCUCCCCACCAGACCAAGGUUAGGCCCCACAUAAACCCUCAGCCCAUUCCCAUUUGUUUCAGUUGACCAUGAAUUGAAUGAAUAAAUGCACUGGACAUUCA